AUUCUCUUCCAUCUCUAUUCUCAAAACCUUAAGUCUCACCCCCCAAAUCCCAAUGGAUCUCCAUAGCCAUAGGGAGAGAAGGGGAGGGAUGUCAGUGCCACAAUUUGGGGGAUGGGAUAAGGGGCCAGGAAGAGGAGAAGGUGAGAGUAUAAGUUACACAGUAGUUUUCUCUCAGGCCAGAGAUAACCGGAAACAACAUAAGACCGAGUUGCCUCGUUACAGCCUCGACAACAAUAACGACAAUGAUGAUCUUCUUCACGGCAGCCGCAGUCGUAGCCGCCACAAGAAGCAUGACCACAACAUGUCUGCUCCUCCUCCUCCUCCUAUUAAGAGGAGGAACACGUGUCUCUCCUGGUUUAACUGUUUUUGGGCUUGAUGCAUGGUUGACGUGCACCAAAUUCGAAGAUUUAUUGUCAUAUAUGGCCGGCCUCUUCUGUGUUAUACUCCAAUUUACUUGAACUAUGGAAGUCUACAUGUCAUUAUGAUAAUGAAAUAUUCGAAAUUUGGGCAGAGAGUUGUAUAUAAUACUAUCUAAUUUAAAUGUGCAAUUCAAGCUUGAGUUUUUGAGUGAUAUUAACUAUUGAGUACUACCCUCAUGCUUUUUGCAACAAAAUCCUCAAAUGUUCAAUUAUAAUCAAAUUGUGUGAAAACG